AUGAAUACUCAUGGUUUUGGAACAAAUAUUCUGAGAAUCCAACGGAGGCACAAAAACUGUGAUGCUCAACAUUUUGAGAAGAUUGCAAAAUCUACAAAGUCUAAAGAGGCAUGUGAUAUUCUUGAAAGCUAUCAUGAUGGUGUAGCCAAGGUAAAGAAAGUGAAGCUGCAGGCAUAUAGAAGACAAUAUGAAUCUAUGAUGAUGGAGAAAGAUAAAAAAGUAAGUGAUUACUUCUCAAAACUUCUUGCAGUUGUGAAUAAAAUGCAAAACUGUGGAGAGAACAUCACUGAUGAAAUGGUAGUAGAGAAAGUGUUAAGGUCUUUAACUCCAAGCUUUGACUAUGUGGUAGUGGCCAUAGAGUAUUCAAAAGAUACAACUACUAUGAAAAUUGAGGAAUUGCAAAGUGUUUUAGAAGCACAUGAGAUCACAAUGCUUAGUCGAGGUUUAGAAAGAUUGAAUCAACAAGCCCUGCAGGCUCAAACCAACAAGAAAGAUGAUAGUAGCAAGAACCACAAAAAGAAAGGAAAAGAUAAGGCAAAGUGGUCCAAAGAUCAAAAUUCAAAAACUGAUGACAAAUUUGAGUCUUCUAAAGAAGGAGGUUUGGUUAAAGGUAAAAACAAGAAGAAGAAUUUUGAUAAAAGCAAGGUGAAAUGCUAUAACUGUGAUAAACAUGGUCACUUUGCUGAUGAGUGUUGGUACAAGAAGGCCCAACAAGAAGCCAAUGUAGCAGAAGAGAGUGAGAAAAAUGAAGAAUGGUUUCUUGACUAA